AUGUAUAGGACUAAAAUCGUGGAAGUUACUGCUUCUUCCAGCAGCGAAGUACCAGCCAAACCGCAAGCUUCCACUCCAACUCCUGAACCAGCUAAAAUCGUGGAAGCAUACUUUAAUCGUUUAUUAUAUUUCGACGAUU